AUGUCGAAUUCGAUCACAACGUCAAGAGCACUGAGGGGUGUGUACUCAUCUCUCUCGACAAGACAAUGCCAACGAUGCUUGUCCAGCAGCGCUCUCCAGCCCAAGCAGCUUCGGCCAACCCUCCCACGAGCGCCAAUCCAGUCGAGACAGCCCAUUACCCAGCGCCGAACGAAAUACAAGACGAUUGAGCAGGCCAAGAGCCGAUACAGCAAUGGGCCCUUUUCUUGGAAGGCCGGAAUUCUGUUUGUCGGUACCUGCGGCCUGUUAGUAUGGUACUUCGAGUUUGAAAAGGCGCGCAUGCAGCGUAAGAGAAUAGCUGAGGCGGCCAAGGGCGUGGGCCGACCAAAAGUUGGAGGAACCUUUGAGUUGAUCGAUCAGGAUGGAAAGCCAUUUACCAGCGAGAUGAUGAAGGGCAAACACUCUUUGGUGUACUUCGGAUUCACUCGAUGCCCUGAUAUCUGCCCCGAAGAACUCGACAAGAUGGCCACCAUGUUGGAUAUUGUCGAAGAAAAGGCACCGGGUGCACUUCUUCCCAUCUUCAUCACCUGCGAUCCGGCCCGUGAUACUCCAAAGGCUCUUAAGGAUUACCUGGGUGAAUUCCAUGAGAAGUUCAUUGGUUUGACCGGCACGUAUGAUCAGAUCAAGGCGCUCUGCAAGAAGUACCGCGUCUACUUCAGCACACCCCAGAACGUCAAGCCAGGACAGGACUAUUUGGUGGACCACAGCAUCUACUUUUACUUGAUGGACCCGGAUGGCGAUUUCGUUGAGGCAUUGGGCAGACAACACUCGCCGCAGCAGGCCGCAGCGCUUAUCUUGGACCAUAUGAAGGACUGGGAUAAGAAAUAG